AUGUCUUCUCCACCGCCUGACCAAACUGCUUUGAUGCAGGAGAUCCUCAAUUCCAUCAAAAAUCUACAACUCAACCAGGUCCAACUUGCAUCUAACGUCGAUGCCAUCACCGGCCGUAUCAAUGUCUUAGCUGGUAUGAAGGAAGUUCGCGAUGUUGCUUCGACUGAUCCAGCCACUAAUUCCAAGCCCUCCGAGACUCCUGAAAGUAGCGGUGAAAGUUCAUCCAAAGAUGAAGCUUUCAAAGAUGUCGAUGUACCCCAAUCUCCGACUAUCUCGGCGGCGAAGCCUGAAGAGACACCAAUUCCUUCUUAUCCCCAAAAAGCAAGCACUGGUACUUCUCGUAUCAUUCUCACUACAUACCCCGGACAGUCCGGUAUCAAUCCCCUCCCUAUGGAUUGGGGUCAUAGCGAUCCGCAAAUCAGAGGUCCGGUAGUUGUGUCCAGAGCUACAGAAACAGCCCGAAGACGUAACGCAAUUGGAGCUCAUGGUGGAUCCUAUUCGAUAUAUUAUGCUUUGGCUGUUGCUAGCAACGAAAUCAAGGCAGAUCACAGACCAGAUUUCACAAAUACAGAACCUGCCGCAAAUAUUGGACCCUUUCCUCAAUGGGCUGACAAGAAAAAGAUAGUAUCGAUGGAUCCUUUGGGCCAUCUUGCUCCAUGGCUAUUCAAGGAUACGAUCGAAAAGGAGAAUGUUGACAUUAGACCUACUAUUGCAAUUACCCGAGCUCAUAUGAAGCUACCAGAACUAGAAGCUAGUGUUCGUGAGGGUCGGCUCAUACCGGAUGGCAAGAUUUGCCUGAAUGAGGAGGGAGAACUUGCAGUCACAAAAUUUGCCGUUGAGCCGGUUUGGUACUUACCCGGCGUUGCUGAGCGAUUCGGCAUUUCCGAAGGGGUUCUGAGAAGAGCAUUAUUUGAGCACACUGGUGGAUCAUACCCUGAAUUAAUUACCAGGGGCGAUAUCAAGCUCUUCAUGCCACCAAUUGGUGGUUUGACCGUCUACUGCUUUGGAGACCCCGCGAAGAUGUCAGAUGAGAAUGUUCGAUUGGCAUUGCGAGUUCAUGACGAGUGUAACGGCAGUGACGUGUUCGGAUCUGAUAUAUGUACAUGUCGUCCUUACCUGAUCUAUGGUAUUGAGGAGGCUGUCAAAGAGGCGCAAAAGGGUGGAAGUGGGGGUGAGAAAGAGGGUAGAGCUCUUGGAGAGGUUACAAAGUACCUCGUCUACAACGCCAGAAAGCGUGGACUCGAUCGAGCUUCGGAAUAUUUUAAACGCACGGAAAAUAUUGCCGGUGUAAAGGAUAUGCGUUUCCAGACGUUGAUGCCCGACAUUCUUCAUUGGUUGGGAAUAAAGAAAAUCGACAGAAUGCUAAGUAUGAGCAACAUGAAACACGAUGCCAUAGUCAGCCAAGGAAUUCCCAUACAUGAGCGAGUUGAGCUCCCUGAAUCUUGGAUCCCAGCGGAUUCGAGGGUCGAGAUUGAUGCGAAGAUUACAGCAGGAUACUUCACUACUGGUCACAGAAUGACCGAGGAGGAGCUUGCUGCUGUCAAGGGACGUAGUUGGGAUGAUAUUGAUCAUUGA